GCUUGUUUAAAUAAGCGUCGAAAGCAAUUUCAUAAACUUUGUCGCGAUUUCCUUGUAAAAUUGGACUCGAAUUUGUUCUCAAAAUGCCAAGGAAACAUCCAGCGAGCGAUACUCUGAAUUGGUAAAUUGGGAAACGUGGAGAAUGGAGCGAGAGAAACGAAUUAUAUCGGAAUACAUACUGAGAGGUCUGAAUUUCAAAGCAACGAAUUUAGUUGGUUUGCAGAAGAAGACGAAAGGAAGCGCUCCAUUCGUUGUGCUUGAAUUCAAAGGUGUUAAAAGGAAAACUGAGCCUGGAGCUACGGAAGAAUUAGAAGCAAUUUGGAAGGAGGCACUGGAAUGGGACUUACACGCACGAGACCUGGAACCGACUGAUUAUGUUAAAGUGAAAAUCUUUGAACAGGAGAAAUACUGGAAAAACAGACUUCUAGGAAAAGCGAAGGUAUUUUUGGAGUCACUUGCUGAAAGAAAGGAAGACAAAACGCAUGUUGAUGUCAACCUCACCGAUGGCUAUGGCAACCCUACUGAAUAUAAAUUCUCCUGCGACCUGGAGUACAUCUGUCCGACAUCAAACGGAGCUGAGGCUGAAAAAGACAAAGAAAAUGCUCAAGACGACUCUGACGACGACACGGACGAAAAACGAGAUUCCAAACGAUCAGAGGAAACCAGAAAGCAACGACUCUCUCUGCCAGACAAACCUCUUGAUUUCCAGAUUCGUAUUAAAGUAAUCGAGGCACGUCAGCUUGAGGGCAACGACAUCAAUCCUGUGACCAGAGUCACUAUUGGAAACAAGAAAAGACAGACGCAGGUCCGUCAGUCAACAAACAGACCUUACUACAAUCAGACGCUCUUCUUUAACUUCUCGGCAAUAACUCCGAAUGAUCUUUUUGGCCAAGAAAUAAAAUUCGAGGUUUUCAAUUCCCGUUUGUUACGUUCAGACUCCUUGCUCGGAGUGUUCAAGUGUGAUGUGGGAUUUGUUUACGAUUCUAAAGAUCACUGCCUACUUCGCAAAUGGUUACUACUUACUGAACCGGAGGAUCAGGAAACUGUAGUCAAGGGUUUGGAACAGUCUACAGUUGGUCAAGAUGAAUCUCAGGACUCAGGAAAGACUCUUGCUGGUUAUUUGAAGACCAGUAUGGUUGUAUUACAGCCUGGUGCAACUUCUCCGCCGUUAGAAAAUAUUGGUAGUGAUCCAGAUGAGGACGAUAUCGAAGCAAAUUUGCUUCGUUCGCCUGGCGUUGCUUUGACAUCUGCAGUGUUUUUUAUAAAGAUCUACAAAGCGGAGGAUCUUCCUCAAAUGGAUUCCGAUUUUGUCCAAAACGUAAAGAAGACUUUAAGAAUUCGCAAGCAGGCAAAAGAUUUGGUUGAUCCGUACUGCAUUGUCACAUUUGCUGGAACCAAGGCAACCAGCGAAACCAUUUAUUCUUCCAACAAUCCGGCAUUCAACGAAAUUCUUCAUUUGCCAUUCCAAUUCCCGUCCAUGUGUGAUAGAUUAAAGAUUCAGUUGGUCGACUGGGACCGGCUCACGGCAGACGAUGUCAUCGGUACAAAAUUUUUUCCACUGUCAGAGAUUUCAGGAAAUGGCGGUUCAGGGUAUCUCCCAUGUUUUGGACCCUGUUUUGUAAACCUGUAUGGAUCGACCAGAGAGUUUUCGGAUUUGCCAGACGAAUAUGAAGAAUUGAACCAAGGAAAUGGAGAAGGCGUCGCUUAUCGUGGUCGAGUGUUGCUUGAACUGGAAGCAAAACUCAACACGAGCAUCACGGCGGAAAAAGACACGAUAAGUCAAUCAGACGUUCUCAAAGUUCAGCCGUUCAUGCGACGCUCAAAGUUCCGUCUUCUUGCAAGUUUCCUUGAAGCAACCAUGUUGUCAGUGCACGACUCGCCAAUUGAAUUUGAAGUCAGCAUAGGUAACUAUGGUAAUAAACUGGACAACUCAUUUAAACCAUCGUCAUCCACAACUCCUCCCACAAAUCCCGUGUUUGACGGCGAGAAGUACUACUAUCUGCCGUGGUCUGGUACCAAACCCUGUGUUCGCGUGGAUUCACAUUGGGAAGAUAUUACAUUCCGUCUAGGAGUGUUGAACAAACUAGUAAAAGCUUGUCACAGACUGGAAAAGAACAUCGAAUUGGUAAAAGUUAUUCUAUCGAAAGGCGAAGAGACAGAAUGCUUGGAGGUUCUUUGUCAAAUCUUGGACCAGCUUCUUGACGACUGCAGGCCUCUCCCUAACCUGCACGCCAGAAUGCACGGAGUUACCAAUCUGGACUUGUUGUUGAACGACAGACGAAACUCUACCUUGAGUGACAUCGCCAAUGAUGCGUUCAAACUUCGCAACAACAUCGUCGACCUGAGUGAUGCUGUUUUGACAACGGAAGGAUUUCUCAAAAAGUUACAAAAUAUUGCAAUCGAGCCUCAGAACAGCAUGCCAGACGUGAUCAUUUGGAUGUUAAAAGGAGGGACACAACGAAUUGCAUACUGUCGUAUCCCUGCACACGAGCUUUUGUAUACUCCUGAAGAAGAACAGAGAGGAAUGCGUUGUGGAAAAGUCAUUGAUAUUAACUUGAAGUAUCCAGGAAAAAGAAACAGAGAUAAGGAACUGCCUGAAAUACCGGCUUUGCUUCGAGUGAUGCUGUGGUUGGGUCUGGAGAAAUAUCAAGGCGAAUGGGAGGAAUUGAGGAAGAGUGGAGGAGAUCUUUCGCUCUUUGCUGAAACUUAUGAAAACCAGAUGUGGUUGGGUCAAUGGACUUCAAGAGGACUGACAAGACCAUCCUUUUCUAACGCUAAAGGAACGCUCAAGCUUCCGAAGGAUAAAUUUGUCGAGCCAGUUGGUUGGAAAUUCGAUGGUUCGUGGUUUAUCAAUCCUGAGCUAAGUACUCAUUUCCGCAAGGAUACUGGUCAUAAAUGGUUCCUUGAGGACGCAUUUCAAAACGAAUAUCGAAUGUUUCCGGGUGGAAAGUGGUUGCCAACGACAGAUUCACCUUGGACUGACAUUAACGGCGAGACGUUAUCAGACGAACAAGGAAAUGCAAUCCAAUCUGUCGACGCCAUUAAACCACCAAAGGGUUGGGACUGGUCUAGUAAAGACGGAUGGAAAAUAGACUUGAAUCGGGCCGUGGAUUUUGAUGGUUGGGAAUACGCCGUUGAGACGACAUUUGGAUCGACAAACUUCGAAGCUGUUGAAAAGAAAUAUCAUUUUUGUCGUCGAAGAAGACUUGUGAGAGAGAGACAGAGCGUUGAGGUUCAGAAGCGUGAUCCAGCGAUAAAGGCGCCGGAAGACAGCAAGUCGAAGGAUGGCUGGGAGUUUGCUAAGGCCUUCACGACAAGAUUCCACAGCAAAAGGAAAGGAUUCGACAUGGUGCGACGUCGAAGAUGGCACCGAAAAUUAGUGCGCGAUGACCCGAAUGCUCCAGAACCUGUGUUCAGUCUGACGGUUGGAAAGGGCAAGGAUGAAGAAGAACCUGUUUUAAAUGCCCCACGAAUUUUUCUUUAUUUUAAAAAACCGCUAAUGUGCCAGUUUCGAGCGCACAUUUAUCAAGCCAGAAAUCUUUUGCCAUCAGAUCCAAAUGGUCUAGCAGAUCCAUAUGUCCAACUAUCGUUUGGUCCUCGAAGCGCAACGUCCAAGAUUAUCUUCAAGAAAUUGAAUCCGACCUGGGACCAAAUGCUGGUGCUUGAAAACGUCCCCAUUUACGGCCAUUUCGAUCAGUUGACGGAAAAUCCUCCGGACGUUUUACUGGAAAUAUUUGACUACGAUCCGGUGGGUAAACACGAUUUUCUUGGCCGUAUUCAAACAGAACCUUUAGUCUUUCUACCGGAACAGGAUUCGGCGCCGACGACGCGAUUAUCUUGGCACAAAGUUUGGAACGGAGCUGAUCAUUGUGGAGAUAUUCUGGCUGCUUUUGAACUCUUUGUGGAUGAAGAACAUUGUGCACCAUCUCUCCCGUCUUCCGUCAACGGUUUCUAUGCGAUUCCGCCUGAAAUCCGACCCGUUGUGCAAAGAACAGCUGUAGAAGUGUUAUGCUGGGGUGUUCGUAAUCUUAAACGGUUUCAUGGCAUGAACAUAAAAUCGCCGAUAGUCGAGAUCGAAAUUGGAGGGGAAAUCAAGAAAACUGGCAGUCUGAAAAAUAUCAAAAAGAAUCCAAAUUUUCAAGAGAAUCGAAUACUCAACUUUGACGUUGAUCUCCCAAAGGAAGAUCUCUACACUCCGCCAAUCACAAUCCGAGUUCGAGACAGUCGUUCGUUUGGUCGUAAUCCUACCGUGGGGGUAUGCGUCAUCGAGAGUGCCAGGAUAUUUCGGGGGAAAGAACCACUGACUCCGAUGGUCGAGGGCGUUGAUCAAGCUUCCUUUGACUACUCCAAGAUCGAUGUCGAGCAAGAAAGUACCAGUGAGGUUUUUAUUGACGACGAGAAAGAUAGCAUAGAUUGGUGGUCGAAAUAUUACGCCUCGCGUCCUGACACUCAGGAAAAGUCCAUGGACUACCCAGAAAACUUCGACAAGAUAAAAAUCUAUUUCAACGAGUUGGAAAAGCAAUUCGAUCGGUUUCAAGAUUUCAUUAAAACGUUUCCAUUGCGACGCGGAAAAUUCAAAUCUGUUGAAGACGAUGAAGAUGACGGCACGGUUGGAGAAUUCAAGGGAACUCUUUCCAUCUAUUCUUUACCUGAAGAUCGCAGCGUUCCCUUACCUCCACGAAUAUUCAGAGACGAUAGACUGCCAAUAGCGAAACCAGUCAAAUGUACGAUAAGAGUUUACAUCGUCAGGGCGUACGAUUUGACUCCACAAGACCUGAAUGGUUUGGCAGAUCCUUAUCUUGUUGUCUCUCUUGGAAAGCAAUGCUUUGAUGACAGAGAAAAUCGUGCAUACAACGCGCUGGAGGUGGACUUUGGAAAAGUGUUCGAAUUUCAAGCUAGAAUUCCAGUGGUGAAGGAUCUUAAGGUUAAAGUCAUGGAUUAUGAUAUGGUGUCCUCAGAUGAUCUUAUCGGAGAGACUGUGAUUGAUCUUGAAAAUAGAUUAUUAUCUUUGAGUCAUGCCAUCGCUGGGCUACCAAUGAGCUAUUCCAUAUCUGGUCCAAACAAAUGGCGGCUUGGCAGCGGAUACACUCCGACUGUUAUCUUAGAGAAUUACUGUAAAUACAAUAAUAUGCCUCCACCUCGAUACAACGGUUCGAAUCUCAUUCUCCUGAACGGAAAUGCCUACUCUUUGGAUGAAUUCGAACCGGAGCCAGUUGAAGACCCAAAUCUUGGCCCGGAACGCGAGCGUCUUGCUCUUCAUGUUUUAAAUUCAUUGCAAUCCCUCGUUUCUGAACACGUCGAGACGAGAGAUCUCAUGAGCAGUUUGCAUCCAGGAUUUUCACAGGGUAAACUUGAAAUGUUUGUCGACAUUUUCCCUGAAUACAACGGACAACCUGGGCCACCAAUUGACAUCUCACCUCGGAAACCAAAGAAAUACGAACUUCGGGUGAUUGUUUGGAACACGAAGGAUGUGUACUUGCAAGAAAGCAAUCUAGCCGGGGAGAAAAUGAGCGAUAUUUAUGUGAAAUGUUGGAUGGCUGGAAUAAAUAAAAAGCAAUCUACUGAUACUCACUACAGGUCUUUGAAUGGGGAGGGAAUGUUCAACUGGCGAAUGAUUUUCCCAUUUGAAUACAUGGAUGCAGAAAAGGUGCUGUUGGUGAAGAAGAAGGAACAUUUCUGGUCUUUAAAUGAACGAACUGAAAAGGUCCGUCCUCAACUUGGCAUUCAAAUUUGGGACAACGACUUGAUAUCAAGGGAUGACUUUAUAGGUUCUGUUGUUUUGGACUUGGAAGGUGUCCCCAUGCCUUUCAGUGAUCCUGGCAAAAUAAAAGAUCAUUUGGCGUUGGUAAACCGCGCAGGAGGAUCACUGUUUGAACAACGUCGUUUCUACGGCUGGUGGCCUGUGAUUGGUCAGGUCAAGGUCAAGCAGAAGGGCCGCUCGAAGAAGAAGAAACACAAAGUCACUAAACUAACGGGCAAAGUCGAGCUGACGAUAGAGUUACUGGAGAGCGAUGAAGCCGAGGCAAAGCCUGCUGGAAAGGGACAGGACGAACCAAACCAGCACCCGACUUUGAAGAAACCUAAACGACCGGAGACAUCAUUCUUGUGGCUUUCAAAUCCUUGGAAAUCAUUUCGUUUCGUCAUUUGGCGAAAUUACAAAUGGUACAUCAUUGGUUUCAUUGUGUUGGCGCUUAUACUAUUAUUGAUUGGCGUGUUUAUAUAUGCUGCCCCAGGAUAUUCUGUAAAGAAAUUGAUGAAGGCAUGAAAUUCACCGUUUUCUCUCAGCUCACAAAUAGUGUAAAUUUUAUAACUCGAUUACAAAUCCCCCGAAGAUAAAUUUUAAUUUUUUAUACGCUGUUAUAUUUUCAUACUAUGAUAAUAUGGAUUCAGGAAGAGAUUAGAAACACGAUAGUUUAUAGUCAUAUUUAUAUAAGAUAGCAACAUAUUUGUAUUUAUAUAAUCAAAAAUACUAUUUAAAAUUUAACUAUUUUUAUAUAUAUUUUUGAUUCGUGAAUGGACAUGAAUUGUUUAAUAGUACGAUGUUAUAGGUAACGGUCAGGGUAUAAGAUCUAAUGAAGCAAUAUUGGCGAGCUAAUAGUAACAGCAGGAUGAAUAAAU